GGAGGGGGCGAGCUGCGAGCGCGCUUGCUCCCAAUCACAGGAGAAGGAGGAGGAGGAGGAGGAGGGCUGCGUGAGGAAGUAUAAGAAUGAAGUUGUGGAGCUGAGAUUCUCCUCCCUGAGAUCGCAGAGACCAGGAGAUUGCCCCCCGGCAGCCGCGCGCCCCUUCCCUGGGGACCCUUUCUGGUACCGCGCGCCCAGCCCCCUCCCCUGGCGGCGCCCCGCGCCCGGCGCCCUCGCUGCCGGGUCCAGCCGGAGCCAUGGGGCCGGAGCCGCAGUGAGCACCAUGGAGCUGGCGGCCUGGUGCCGCUGGGGGCUGGUCCUCGCCCUCCUGCCCCCCGCAGCCGCGGGCACCCAAGUGUGCACCGGCACAGACAUGAAGCUGCGACUCCCAGCCAGUCCUGAGACCCACCUGGACAUGCUCCGCCACCUCUACCAGGGCUGUCAGGUGGUGCAGGGUAACCUGGAACUCACCUACCUGCCCGCCAAUGCCAGCCUCUCCUUUCUGCAGGACAUCCAGGAGGUGCAGGGCUAUGUGCUCAUUGCUCACAACCGAGUGAGGCAGAUCCCGCUGCAGAGGCUGAGGAUUGUGCGAGGCACCCAGCUCUUUGAGGACAGCUAUGCCCUGGCCGUGCUUGACAAUGGAGACCUGCUGGACAAUGCCACCCCUGCCACAGGGGCCUCCCCAGAAGGGCUGCGAGAGCUACAGCUAAGAAGCCUCACAGAGAUCCUGAAAGGAGGGGUCUUGAUCCAGCGGAACCCCCAGCUCUGCCACCAGGACACGGUUUUAUGGGAGGACAUCUUCCACAAGAAUAACCAGCUGGCUGCCAUGCAGAUAGACAGCACCCGUUCGAGGGCCUGCAACCCCUGUUCUCCAGCUUGUAAAGCCUCCCACUGCUGGGGAGAAAGUUUUGAGGACUGUCAGACCUUGACACGCACCGUUUGUGCCAGUGGCUGUGCCCGCUGCAAGGGCCGGCUGCCCACUGACUGCUGCCAUGAGCAGUGUGCUGCCGGCUGCACGGGCCCCAAGCACUCUGACUGCCUGGCCUGCCUCCACUUCAACCACAGUGGCAUCUGUGAGCUGCAUUGCCCAGCCCUGGUCACCUAUAACACAGACACCUUCGAGUCCAUGCCCAACCCUGAGGGCCGUUAUACAUUUGGUGCCAGCUGUGUGACUGCCUGUCCCUACAAUUACCUGUCUACGGAUGUAGGAUCCUGCACCCUGGUCUGCCCUCUGCACAACCAAGAGGUGACAGCCGAGGAUGGAACACAGCGUUGUGAGAAGUGCAGCAAGCCCUGUGCCCGAGUGUGCUAUGGUCUGGGCAUGGAGCACCUGCGGGAGGUGAGGGCUGUCACCAGCGCCAACAUCCAGGAGUUUGCUGGCUGCAAGAAGAUCUUUGGGAGCCUAGCAUUUCUGCUGGAGAGUUUUGAUGGGGACCCAGCCUCCAACAUUGCCCCCCUCCAGCCAGAGCAGCUCCGAGUGUUUGAGAGUCUGGAGGAGAUCACAGGUUACCUAUACAUCUCAGCAUGGCCAGACAGUCUGCCUGACCUCAGUGUUUUCCAGAACCUUCAAGUAAUCCGGGGACGAGUUCUCCAUGAUGGUGCCUACUCACUGACCCUGCAAGGGCUGGGCAUCAGCUGGCUGGGGCUGCGCUCGCUACGGGAGCUGGGCAGCGGGCUGGUUCUCAUCCACCGAAACGCCCGCCUUUGCUUCGUCCACACGGUGCCCUGGGACCAGCUUUUCCGGAACCCGCACCAGGCUCUGCUCCACACAGCCAACCGGCCAGAGAACGAGUGUGUAGGUGAGAACCUAGGCUGCUACUCACUAUGUGCCCAUGGGCACUGCUGGGGUCCAGGACCCACCCAGUGUGUCAACUGCAGCCAGUUCCUUCGGGGCCAGGAGUGCGUGGAGGAAUGCCGAGUACUGCAGGGGCUUCCCAGGGAGUAUGUGGAUGGCAGGCACUGUCUACCAUGCCAUCCCGAGUGUCAGCCCCAGAAUGGCUCAGUGACCUGCUUUGGAUCGGAGGCUGACCAGUGUGUGGCCUGUGCCCACUACAAGGACUCUCCCUACUGUGUGGCUCGCUGCCCCAGCGGUGUGAAACCUGACCUCUCCUAUAUGCCCAUCUGGAAGUUUCCAGAUGAGGAGGGCACAUGCCAGCUGUGCCCCAUCAACUGCACACACUCCUGCGUGGACCUGGAUGACAAGGGCUGCCCCGCUGAGCAGAGAGCCAGCCCUCUGCCGUACAUCAUCCCUGCCGUGGUGGGCACUCUGCUGGUCGUGCUCUUGGGGCUGGUCGCUGGGAUCCUAAUUAAGCGAAGGCAGCAGAAAAUCCGGAAGUACACGAUGCGGAGGCUGUUGCAGGAAACAGAGCUGGUGGAGCCGCUGACACCAAGUGGAGCGAUGCCCAACCAGGCUCAGAUGCGGAUUCUGAAAGAGACAGAACUAAGGAAGGUGAAGGUGCUUGGAUCUGGAGCGUUUGGCACAGUCUACAAGGGCAUCUGGAUCCCUGAUGGGGAGAAUGUGAAAAUCCCAGUGGCCAUCAAAGUGUUGAGGGAAAACACAUCCCCCAAAGCCAACAAAGAAAUCUUGGACGAAGCAUACGUGAUGGCUGGUGUGGGCUCGCCAUAUGUCUCCCGCCUCCUGGGCAUCUGCCUGACAUCCACAGUGCAGCUGGUGACACAGCUUAUGCCCUAUGGCUGCCUCCUAGACCAUGUUCGGGAACACCGAGGGCGCCUGGGCUCUCAGGACCUGCUCAACUGGUGUGUACAGAUCGCCAAGGGGAUGAGCUACCUGGAGGAUGUGCGGCUUGUGCACAGGGACCUGGCUGCACGGAACGUGCUGGUCAAGAGUCCCAACCAUGUCAAGAUUACAGACUUCGGGCUGGCUCGCCUGCUGGACAUUGAUGAGACAGAGUAUCAUGCUGAUGGGGGCAAGGUACCCAUCAAGUGGAUGGCAUUGGAGUCCAUUCUUCGCCGGCGGUUCACCCACCAGAGUGAUGUGUGGAGCUAUGGUGUGACAGUGUGGGAGCUGAUGACUUUUGGGGCCAAACCUUACGAUGGGAUCCCAGCCCGGGAGAUCCCUGACCUGUUGGAGAAGGGGGAGCGGCUGCCCCAGCCCCCAAUCUGCACCAUCGAUGUCUACAUGAUCAUGGUCAAAUGUUGGAUGAUUGACUCUGAAUGUCGGCCAAGGUUUCGGGAGUUGGUGGCCGAAUUUUCCCGUAUGGCCAGGGAUCCUCAGCGUUUUGUAGUUAUACAGAAUGAGGACUUGGGCCCAGCCAGCCCCUUGGAUAGCACCUUCUACCGCUCACUGCUGGAGGAUGAUGACAUGGGGGACCUGGUGGAUGCUGAAGAGUAUCUGGUACCCCAGCAGGGCUUUUUCUGCCCAGACCCUGCCCCAGGUGCUGGGGGCACAGCUCACCACAGGCAUCGCAGCUCAUCCACCAGGAGUGGUGGUGGUGGUGACCUGACACUGGGGCUGGAGCCCUCUGAAGGGGAGCCCCCCAGGUCUCCACUGGCCCCCUCAGAAGGGGCUGGCUCCGAUGUGUUUGAUGGUGACCUGGGAAUGGGGGCAGCCAAGGGGCUGCAAAGCCUCCCUCUACAUGACCCCAGCCCUCUACAGCGGUACAGUGAGGAUCCUACAUUACCCCUGCCCCCUGAAACUGACGGCUAUGUUGCCCCUCUGACCUGCAGCUCCCAGCCUGAAUAUGUGAACCAGCCAGAUGUUCGGCAACAGCCUCCCCUGUCCCUGGAAGGCCCCAUGCCUCCUGCCCGACCUGCUGGUGCUACGUUGGAAAGGCCCAAGACUCUCUCUCCUGGGAAGAAUGGGGUUGUCAAAGACGUUUUUGCCUUUGGGGGUGCUGUGGAGAACCCUGAGUACUUGGCACCCAGGGGAGGGGCUGCCCCUCAGCCCCACCCUCCUCCUCCCUUCAGUCCAGCCUUUGACAACCUCUAUUAUUGGGACCAGGACCCAUCAGUGCGGGGGUCUCCACCCAGCACCUUUGAAGGGACCCCUACGGCAGAGAACCCUGAGUACCUGGGCCUGGAUGUGCCAGUAUGAACCAGAUGGCCAUGUCCCUUGAGGCCCUGAUGUGCCUGACUUCCAGCCCAUCACCACAAGGUGGGGGAGGGACCUCCGAACAUAUCCAGGGGAGCUUGCCAUACCAGGAACCUGUCCUAAGGAACUUUCUUUUCUGCUUGAGCUACCCAGUGGCUGAGAGGGGCCCAGAGUGGUUGGAAGAGGGGCAGCACUGGGGAGACCUGUGCCACCAGACUCCAGGGUCCAAUGGAUGCCACAGCCAUAGUUGCCUCACCAGAAGCAGCAGCCCAGCCUAGCACUUUACUUCCAGAUCCUCAGUACUUAAGGAUCUGGGGAAGCUGGCCUAGGAAGGGAAGAGGCCCCAAAGGAAUAUCUAAGAACAAGAGCAACCCAUUCAGACACUGGCCUUGAGACCUUCUGCUACCCCCCAGGAGCAAGGGAGCAGCAGUAGCAUCCAGAGCCAAUCCUUGUACAGAGUGCUUUUUUGUUUUGUUUUUACUUUGUUGUUUUUUAAAAGAUAAAAUAAAGACCCAGGGAGAGUGGG